GCUUUGAUGUAAACAGUAAAUAAAAAUGUCUGGUGUAGUUGUGAUAAGUAAAUCGGCGAAAUGUGUAGCUACAAGAAAACAUGUCAGAGAUAUAUUUUUUACUGCUUCUCGCUCUUAUUUCAAAAAUUCAAGAAUGUUAGGUUAUUAUUUUAAAAGACUUCCUGUUCCAGUGUACAAGAAACGACAAGAAAAUUACAGAGAAAAUGUUUUGCGGCCUCUUGAGGAAAUUCUAUCUUUGAAAGAAAGACUGGCCGAGCUAAAUGCUCCUGAUCCUGUUUUGGAUGCCAAAGUUGAUAUAGGUUUGCCUAAAGAUCAGUACAUAGCAAAAGUUACCCUGAAAGAUCGAUUAGAAUGGCGGAAAAGAAUCUCGGAAGAGAAUCGAAUGUCAACAAUUGAUGGGGAAAUCGUGAAACCUGAUCUAACUGAAAUUAUGGAAGAUUGGCAGAAACGUGAUGGCAUUACUCAGCUGCAGAAUAUAGCUGAUCAUUAUGGAAUAUUUUCACAUUUAUAUGAACAUGGUUAUUUUACUCCUUGUGUUCCCCUAAACAUUCAGUAUGAUUAUGAUGAAGAGAGUGCGAGUCCGGUGUACAUGGGCAAUAUAUUACAAGCUUCAGAAACUCAAAAGGUACCAAGUGUGUCAUUUUCAAGUAAUCCUGAUGAUUUAUGGACACUAGUUCUAACUAAUUUGGACGGCCAUUUGUUGGAUACCAAUGCAGAAUAUCUCCAUUGGUUUGUAGGCAACAUUAAAGGAAAUGAACUUCAAUCUGGUGAGGUGAUUUGUGACUACUUACAGCCAUUUCCUAUGAGAGGUACUGGUUAUCACAGAUUGGUGUUUGUAUUAUAUAAGCAAGAUAAAACAAUUGACUACUCUUCUUUAAAGAAAACAACACCUUGUUUAAGUCUCAAAGAACGAACGUUUAAGACAUUCAAUUUUUACAAGGACUAUCAAGAUGUUUUAACACCUGCAGGAUUAGCUUUUUUUCAGUGUACUUGGGAUGAAACACUUACUGAUUUUUUCCAUAAUGUUUUAAAUAUGAGAGAGCCUGUAUUUGAGUAUAUGGAGCCACCUCUUUAUAUAAAACCUCAAGAGCAUUAUCCGCACUUACAGCCAUUUAAUUUGUAUCUAGACCGCUACAGAGACCCCAAAGAAAUAAAAAAAGAGGUGCUUCUAAAGCGUCUGAAAAGUAUCCAUCCUUUCAAAGAAGAGACUGUGCCGAAAUACCCCUGUCUUCACAAGCCUGAUGAUUAUAAAUUCUCAUGGCAAAGACAGGAUAAAUUAAAAGAAAGACUUCGACUAGGAAAAUACAGAGAUCUCAGACCACAUUCUGUAUAUCCCCAAGAAGAUAAUCGAUUUCCUUAUUGGACAAAAGCUUAAUUUCUAAAAUUUAUAGUGUAAUAAAUUAAUUGUAAUUUUA